AUGCCGUUCCCUAUUGAUUUCAUAGUGUUCAAGUAUUUCAACCUCCGCCGGAUCGCAGUAGCCAUCCGAACACGAAGCGUCACCGUUCAUCAGGUCCCGGGACAGAGCGCCAGCCACGAUCGACGGUUUCCCGAGAAUGGGCCCUACCGACGGCUAGUGGCGGACAGAGCACAGGUUGGGCAGGUGGGCGGGAAGGGCGCCGAGGCAGCGCUGCGGCGUCGAGACGCAGCGCGGAGUCCGUGGCAGAGACGGAGAGCGGUACUGUUGGCACGACGGCCGGUCACUCACCUUCCUCCUCACCCGGCUGAGUCUCCUCAAGCAGGGCCGGGGAGCAUGCUCCAGUGCUGGCCGGGUACCGGCCUGAGCGCUGAGAAACUAGGCCUGAUAGGACUGGGAGACGCAUGUCCUGGAAAUAACUGGCCUUAA